CAUCACCCUAUAAAUACUGUGCGGCAGUGCAGGAGCAUAAGGGGGUCUGGGGGCGGGGGGCCGGGGGAAGCGUGAGCACUGCACGGAGGACCUUGCCUGAGAAUCUCUUCCCCCCCCCCCCAGAAAGGGGAGGCUGGGGGCAAGGGCAGAGAGUUGGCAGCUUCCUAAGCCCAUCUUUCCCUGCUCUCCCCGGCUGGCAGGGAGCCCUGGGCAGCUGCAGGCGGCAGACAGAGCCGGGACACGCCUGGCACCGAGUGGGACGGACCAGGCAGGCGAUCGCGGACAGGACGGGAUCGCAAGCAGCGUUGUCUGAGAAGACGGAGGGCAUCCGGGCUGGCGGGUGUCACGGGAAACGUUAGAUUAAACCCGAGCUGGGGGAGAGACGGGUAACUGCAAUCUCCUCCCUGCGCUCACAGCGGAUGGCACUGGGAUAAUUACGGAUGGCUGGCCUGAUGGCGGCACGCUCUUGACCCCUCGGAGCUGCCUCCGAUCCCUGCGCUCUCGGAGUGGGAGGCUGGGAGCCGGAGCUGUGACUCUGGGGGUGCCCAGGGGGAGUGUUAGAAGUUCUGGGAGCAGCUCUACCAACCUCCUCUCUCUGCCCCCCACAACCCACCUCUGAUCCCAGUCCAUCGCCCUCUCUCAACACCUCCCAAUGCCCGCUGGGACUGGCGGAGAGCCCCUGGCAUGCGAGUGACCCCUUGUCACCAACUUCCUGCCAUGGCCUCGUCGGACGGGCUGCAGUACCGGGCGCUCUAUGAGUAUAAGAAGGACCGGGAGGAGGACCUAGCGCUGUGCCCUGGGGACCUGGUCACUGUCAGCAAGGCGGGAUUGCUGGGCACAGCCAACUACAAGGAGGGGGAUGAGAGGAGCCCCAAGGGCUGGCUGAAUGGCUUCAACGAGCGCACCAAGGAGCGGGGCGACUUCCCGGGCACCUACGUGGAGUUCCUGGGCCCUGUGAGGAUUGUGGCCACCGCUCUCAAGGCUCGGCCCAGGCCUGUGCCCCCCACUCCCACCAGCCAGCUGUGGGGACCCGCUGGGCAGGCCGAGGUUGCAGAGUUAAGACUCCCUGAACAAGCACCUCUGGUUGUAAGGAGACUCAUUGAAGCUUUGGAAAACCAAGGCAUCGACAAUGAAGCUCUUUACCGAGCCCCUCCUGGCUCCUUCAGCAACCCUGAGCUCAAACAGGCUCUUCUGACAGAUGCAGCAGCUGUAGACAUGGACCCAUUUGACAGGCAGACGUUGGCUGAGGCACUGAAGUGGUACCUCCACGAGCUCCCGUGCCCUGUGAUCCACCCAGCAAUAUACAGCGAAUUAAUCUACACUGUUCAAGAAACCCAGAGCCUGGAAGAGUGCGGCCAGCGGGUGAAGAUGGUCCUGGAGUCGCCCACCUUCCCCCAGCAGCAUGGCCUCCUCCUGCAGCACCUCACCAGCCAUUUCUGCAAACUGGGUCAGAACAGCAGCAAAAGCCACCUCACCCCCAGGGCCCUGGGGGAGCUCUUCGGUGAGGUGCUCUUCCGCCCGCCUGCAUCAUGCACGGAGGUGAACUCAGAACACCACGCGAAGAUCAUCGAGGCUCUCAUUGUGGCCGGAGGCAUGGCCGAGAUGCAAGCUGCACCCGCUCUUCCUCCAAAGCCCCCAAAACCGAUGACUCCGAUCAACACAAAUGGAAUAAAGGACAAUUCCAGUUUCUCGCUGCAGGAUGCAGAGUGGUACUGGGGGGAUAUUUCAAGGGAGGAGGUAAAUGACAAAUUACGAGACAUGCCAGAUGGAACAUUUCUGGUGCGCGAUGCAUCAACCAAGAUGCAGGGAGACUACACUCUGACAUUGCGGAAGGGUGGCAACAACAAACUGAUAAAGAUUUAUCAUCGGGAUGGAAAAUAUGGUUUUUCUGAUCCAUUGACAUUUAACUCUGUUGUGGAGCUGAUUAACCACUACCGCCAUGAAUCUCUUGCCCAGUACAAUCCUAAGCUUGACGUGAAACUGAUGUAUCCAGUAUCCAGGUAUCAACAGGAUCAGUUGGUGAAAGAAGAUAACAUAGAUGCAGUAGGUAAAAAGCUUCAGGAAUACCACUCUCAGUAUCAGGACAAGAGUAAAGAGUAUGAUAGACUAUAUGAAGAAUACACCAGAACAUCCCAGGAAAUUCAGAUGAAGAGAACUGCAAUUGAAGCAUUUAAUGAAACCAUUAAAAUAUUUGAGGAACAGUGCCACACGCAAGAGCGAUACAGCAAAGAAUACAUUGAACGAUUCCGCAGAGAGGGGAAUGAGAAGGAAAUCGAACGAAUAAUGAUGAAUUACGAGAAAUUAAAAUCACGCCUGGGAGAGAUCCAUGAUAGUAAAAUGCGUCUGGAGCAGGAUUUGAAGAAACAAACUCUGGACAAUAGGGAAAUUGAUAAGAAAAUGAAUAGCAUCAAACCCGAUCUUAUCCAGCUACGCAAGAUCAGAGAUCAGUAUCUAGUAUGGCUCAAUCACAAAGGAGUGAGACAGAAGCGAAUAAACGACUGGCUGGGAAUCAAAAAUGAAAAUAUUGAUGAUACCUACUUUGUGAACGAAGAAGAUGAAAAUCUGCCACAUUAUGAUGAGAAAACUUGGUUUGUUGGGGAUCUCAACCGUAUCCAAGCAGAAGAUUUGCUCCGUGGGAAACCUGAUGGAGCGUUUUUAAUUCGAGAGAGUAGCAAGAAAGGAUGUUAUGCUUGUUCUGUGGUAGCUGAUGGCGAAGUUAAACACUGUGUGAUCUACAGCACUCCAAGGGGCUAUGGGUUUGCAGAACCAUAUAACCUGUACAGCACACUUAAGGAAUUAGUCCUUCAUUACCAGCAGACAUCCCUCAUUCAACACAAUGAUUCCCUAAAUGUCAGGCUCGCCUAUCCUGUCUACGCACAGAUGCCCUCCUCCCUUUGCAGAUAAAUUCUGGGGAGGGGGAAAGUGUUGGCUAUCUUGGAUUCUUUUCUACAGUUUUUAUUAGAACUCUGAGGGCAUUCUUUCUCCUUAGACUGCUUGUUUUGCACAAGAAGUGAUUCUGUGAAUGUGAAUCAAAGAGGCCUAGCAGCAACAAGACGACAACUUGGGUGUAGGUGUCCUGGUGCUACCUAAAGCUCAGCUAUGCUUUUACACUGAUACUUUUUUGUUUCCUUCCGGGGGGAAUAAACUCAACAUAAACACAUCCAAAAAACUGGAAGCAAAACAUUUUAUGGAGAUGAUUUUUUUGCCAGGCACCUUCAACAGAACUUUUAAUUGGGAUUUUUUUUCUUGUUCUUGUGGAGACAAUUUUGAAGCCUCUAUUGAGGCAUCAGUAAUGUCUUUCAGUCUUAAACUCCAAGAAACUAGGGGGGAAACUCUACCACAGCAAUGCUCUCUGUUAAUUUUAGCAGCUUCACUGCGAUUCAGCCGAACUUCCAAAUGAGGGCUUAUCUUCAGGAGGCGUGGAAUUUGGUGAGAGAAGACCAAAGGAAUUAUGGGAAAGUUUCAGGUUGUUAUUUAAAAGGAAAAAAAAUCCUUAUAAAGAAAAGUUGCUUUAUUUUUUACCAACAGUAACAAAGUUUUGGUUUCAACGGCACUACAGGUCUUCGCUUAAAGGAAAUGUUUAUAACCAAAUUGAACCCACCAAAACUUUGUUCGUUGCUGGAUUGAGCACUUAUGGGGGAAGGUUGCAUUAGCAUCCGCACAUACUUUCUACACCAAAACUUGAAACAAAUAAAAGGAAAAGCUAAAACUUUUUGUGUGGUUUUGAAAACUCUAAUCUGUCUGAAUUGAUGUAAUUGCUCCUCCUUCCUCUCCCCUCCUCCGUUUUCUUUGUUUUUGUUGUUGUUUUGGGACACUUCUUUCCAAGUCUUUUAGAUACUAUGCUUUGGAAUGUAAACCAGAAUGAAGCUGGCCACUCAUGUUUUGUGAGUUCUGUUGCUGAUUGAUGAACUAUUCUUUUGAAACCCUUGUAACUUUUUUGUAAUGUAAGUGUAAAGAAAAGGUGCAAUGCAGUGCUUCUGGAUGGCUUAUUAUACCAAAUAAUUACAUGAA